AUGAUGGAAGAUGAAUUCAGUUAUUUGUUCAAAAUCAUUCUGAUAGGUAUGGUCAAUGUACAAUGAUUAGGUGAUUCAGGAGUUGGCAAGACUAACUUAUUCAACAGAUUGCAAAAUAAGGAAUUUUAAUAUGAUACUCGACCAACAAUAGGAGUGGAAUUCAUAAAUCGAACAGUGAGAUAAGAUGGGAAUUUGGUUAAGUGUUAAAUAUGGGAUACAGCAGGAUAGGAGAAGUAAGAGAGAUUAUGUUAAGUGUUAGAUUUAGAGCAAUCACUAAUGCUUAUUAUAGAGGCGCGAAGGGAGUGUUCGUUUGUUAUGAUGUAACAAAAUAGGGAACAUAUGAAUCAACAUUAAGAUGGAUGAGUGAAAUAAAGUAAUUUGGAGAUCAUGAUAUUGUGAUAAUGUUGGUAGGCAAUAAAAUAGAUUUGGCAGAAUAGAGAGUAUGUAUAUAUAAUUUAUGAAAGAUUGUAAGGACUGAUGAAGUGUCAUAAUUUUGUGAGUAAAAUAAGGUUGGAUAUAUAGAGACAUCUGCUUUGAAUAACGUAAAUGUGGAAUUGGCCUUUAAUUAGAUGGUUACAGGUAAUCAAUCAAUUAUUAUCAAUUUAGAGAUUUAUAAGAUUGUGUCUGCUUAGAAACCCAUCAGUCAGACUCUAUUGGGAAUCAAUGAUGUUUACGUAUUGAGGAAAGAGACACAACCAGAAUAAACUAAGUAGAAGAAGCAAUGUUGCUGAAUAAU